AUGGAUGAUGACAAUCUGUUUGGUGGAGAUUUAAGCGAGAGCAGCAGUGAUGAGGAACAGAGUAACCACUCCUCCAAGGCCGUGCAAGAAACAGCUGUGGUCAAAGAGGAGAAACCUGAUACUCGUAAACCAAGAGUAUCCUUCACAUUGGCUGAUGACGAAGAGUCAAACGAUGGUGUCUCAAUUUUCAACGGAUUAGGUGCUCCCGGCGAAGCUCACGAAAUGGGCAAUAAAACGAAUAAAAGAAAGGCGACUUCACCACCUGGAUCGAGCUCAGACGUCAAACGUGUGAAAUCUGAAGGUCAUUUGGCUGAGUCAACUUCCACAGCUGAUUUUCAAGAAGCGUUGAAUCUGCUUGAUGAUCCUACUGCAGAUGUUUUCACCGCUCCUACGGCUCCCGCUCCAAAGAAGAUCAUCAGGGACAAAACAAAACCUGUCGUUGUGAAGAAAGAAAAAGACGUGCGAUUUGCUCCAGAUGUGCAACAGGCCGAAAAACCGUCCACUAGCCAGCAGAAAGCGCCUACUGCCAGUUCGUCAAAAGCAGAGCAGGAAGAGGAAGACAUUCUUCCAAUCAAACCACUCAAUGAAGAGGACGAGCUGUUACGACUCAAAAUGCAGAUUCUCAUCUCUAAUUUUUCUCAAGAACAACUCAAUAGAUACGAGAUGUAUAGAAGAUCUUCUUUCCCGAAAUCGACUAUACGUCGGCUUAUACAUCAAUUUACUGGCGCUAAUGUUGGGCAGAACGUCGUCAUUGCUGUUGCAGGACUUGCAAAGGUUUUCGCUUGUGAACUGGUAGAGGAGGCGUUGGAUAUUCAAGCGAAGAUGGGUGGGCCGGAAGAACCACUGAAGCCAAACCAUCUCCGUCUCGCCUAUUAUUCCCUCGAGCGUCAAGGGAAGAUCUUUCCUCAGAAUAGUCACCGGCGGAAUCCUUUCAUGUGA